GUGUAAUGCAAUGGAAACCGAUACAAUGCCACUAAACAAGUUUCUUUUUUCUCUUUUUCAGAAAGAAACGGUGAUGUGGCAUCAUUGGAGCAAGAGGAGGACCAGUUAUCAAAGCUUGUUAUAAAUGACGAUAACUAACUUGUACCCGGGUAAUUUGAGUCCGGCUUCCUUUAAAUAAACGCUUCCUCCGUACCGUCUUUGCCUUCUUCUCCACCCGUCGUGUCUGUGGUCUGUGUGUCUUACAGUAGCUUGUAAAGUCCGGUUGCUUUCAAAUACAAUCCAUGAAGUUACAUGAAAGUGUCAUCUUAAGGGAGUUGCGGGAUGUAUAGAAAAGCUGGCAUUUCAUCAAUCAAAAGCAAGUCACGUAGCCACUUGAAAUUUAAGGAGAAAAGUGAUGAGCUAGCUGAGAAUCAAUUUAAAGUUUUAACGUGUCAGUUUCAGCAAGUUCGUCAGUCCCUUGAAUUAUUUGCUUGUAAACACAGGAACCAAAUUAAGGAUAACCCCCAACUGCGCUCACAAUUCCAGGCCAUAUGUAGUAACAUUGGUGUUGACCCUCUAGCUUACAGUCAAGGAUGUUGGUCAGAAAUCUUAGGAUUGGGAGUAUUCUAUUAUCAUCUAGGUGUGAAAAUUAUAGAAGCUUGCAUGGCACAUGAAAAGUACUUUGGAGGCAUCAUCCCAAUAGAUGAGUUGGUGUCUUUAUUAAACAAAAACAAGACGCAAUACGAAUCAGAAAUCAGCGUAGAUGAUGUAAAAAGAUCGAUAAAAAAGCUGCGUUGUUUGGGGACAGGAUUCAGCCUAAUCAAUUUGCCUGGUGGUCGAUCAUUAGUUCGGUCAGUUCCAGGUGAGAUGAGUAUGGAUCAAACUUUGGUGCUAAGUCUUGCAGAAAGUUCUGGUAGUCACGCCACGACAUCGGCUGCAAUGAAUAAAUACGAAUGGACAAAAGAUCGUGCAGAUGUCGCUUUCCAUCAUUUAGUCCAAGAAGGGAUUGCAUGGGUGGAUGAUUUAGAUCCUUGCAGUGAAAGAGUAUUUUGGUUCCCAAGUUUGAUGGAUACAACUAUGACAUGUUAAUUAGUUUAACAUUAAAUCUAAUUAUAAUCUUCAUUUCCCUGUACAAUGAAGCACUAUUUUUCAAAAUUACUCUUCUUUUACUGAUCUAACAUACAAAAUUUGAAUUCAUCUUUCAGCCCAUUCGUCAAAUUUUAUUAGUUGUGUGAAUCUGUUGACGAAGGUGACUUUAAUUAUUUUAAGUUCGAAAUAAAAAAAUCGCAUAGCGAUGAGCUUAACAAAUCACUCAUGCAUAGUUAUACUUGAUCUUAAUAAAUUUGAAGUGCACAUGUGAGGUUAUCGAACCACAAGAAUCCAUCAGGUAGAAUAUACGACUAGAAGCCCUUUCUGUCAGUACUAACUAGUCACAAAUUGAAACGAUUUUCGAUUAAUCUAACCAAUCACAUUGAUACAAAUACUUUCUCAAAGUUCUUGGAAUUAGCUGCAAUAGCAGAUGGUAAAGGGUUAUUAUUUUAGGACGAAAGUCCAUAAAAAUUCAUAACCACAUAUGACAUAUAAGCUGCAGGCCUACACAGCUGUAAUGAAAUAAUAAUUAAGCUGUAUCCUACAUACGUUAUAUGCUAAAUAUGCGCAGUAUUUUACAUGUCAGCAUUGAUCUUUUACUCAAGUUGAUCAAAAUACAACUUUAUUAGUCUAGAAAGUUCGACUAAAAUUUUCUGUGUUUCAUCCCAACACCUUCGGACCAGCUAGAUAAUAAAUUACAAAGAGG